GCGCAGUAGAUCUUGUGAGAAGUAACUUAGAGACUGUGCACUGGACUGUGCAAAGAAGAUGGAAGGUGGUUUCCAAGUGGAUGUGAUUCUGAGCAGUUUGAGGGAAUUACAGAAAGCAAAGGCCCAGAAUGAACGAGUGCUGGCUGGAGAGUACGCUAAACGAAAGCAAAUUGAAGCUCAAUUGGAAGUAACUAAUGGAAAGCUAAUCGCAACGUCAGAGAAACAAAACAAGAUGAAGGAGACACUUCAAGUGGCUGAGCUCAAAGUUGCCCAAACUCAGGCACAAGCAAAAAUGUUUGAACAGCUGAACUGUGAAAGAAGAGACAAAAUUGCUCAGCUCAAUUCACAAAUUGCACAGAAAAAUGAAGAACGACAAAAUCACAUGGACACAUACGAAACUCAAAUGACAACACUAACAGAAAUGUUCCGGACAACAUGGCAAACUCAAAGUGAUGACGCUAUAGAUCUACAACAAGCUCAAUACGAGCGAGAGAUGGAUGAACAUACUGCCUUGGUUGCUACCAACAAACUACAAUUGGACAAGCUCUCUACGCAGCUUGAAGAAGCAACCAUUGAGCACAAUAAACCCACGGCACUAGAGGCACUUGGAGGAGUGACAGAGAAAACGUGGACCUCAAUAAUGGCCUUAUUUGAUGCUGAAUAUAAGGACUCAAUGGAGGCUUUAAGAGCAAAGCAGGACAAGGACAAGCAACACAUUGAGCAACUCACUGCUGAGCGUCUCAAACUAAUCAACAUACUUGAGGACAUGCAGACAGUAGUCCAGAACAAUGAGGAGUGA